ACCACUUUGAGCCGAGGGGUAGCUCGGAGUUCCAUGGUCCCCUCCCUGGAGCGGCCGCACCCUCGGGCCUCCCCGGAGCCCUCAAACAGCCGCGUGAGGAAGCGGGGACCUGCGCGGGGCAGCAGAUCCCCGGCGGUGAAGAGGUAGAGCACCGGGUUGAUGCUGGAGCUGAAGAAGGCCAGAGCCGUGGUUCCGGCUCUCGCUGCCUGGCUCGCACCGCCCAGCUUCGCCAGGGCCCCUUCGGGUGGCGCCAGCGCGGCCACCGCCUGCACAAUGUUGACCGCGUGGUAGGGGGCCCAGAGCAAGCCGAAGGCCAGCACGAUGGCGCUCACCAGCCGGCCCACGCGCGUGCCGUGCCGUCCGGAGCCCCAGCGGGCGCCCCGCAGCCGCGCCAGCGUCACGCUGUAGCAGCCGAGCACCAGCCCGAAGGGCAGCACGAACGCGCUCAGAGUCUCCAGGCUCAGGUGGACGGCGGCGUGGGUCCGCGACGGGUGGCACAGCUGGCACAGGCUGUCCCCCCAGAGGUGGCGGUAGACGGCGGCCGGGACGGCGAGCAACAGAGCCGCCAGCCAGACGGCAAGCAGCAGGCGGCGGGCCAGGGCCGGGCUGCGCAGCCGGGGCGCCAGGAAAGGGCGGGUGACGGCGAGGCAGCGCUGCAGGCUGAGCAGGCUGGUGAACAGGACGCUGGCGUACAUGCUGAGCGCGCACACGUAGUACACGGCCUUGCAGCCCACCCGGCCCAGCGGCCACGCCUGCCUCACCAGGAAGGCCACGAAGAGCGGCGUGAGCAGCAGCACCGCGCCGUCGGCCAGCGCCAGGUGCAGCACCAGAGUGGCCGCCAGCGGCCGCCCCCGCGCGGGCCGCCAGCCCGCCAAGCUCCACACCACGAAACCAUUGCCGGGCAGCCCCAGCAGCGCCGCCAGCAGCAAGAAGGCCGUGCCUGUAGCCCGUGAGGCGGGAGAGCUCAGCAGCGUCUCGUUCCCUGGGGGACGGUAGCAGUCCGUCAUCCUUCUGCACCUACAGGGGGCUGGAAAGGGCCAUGGAGCGCAUUCAGGGGCUGGGGCAAAAGCCAACGUUACCCCUGAUGCCAGGUCAGUAUCCAAUAUGAGCUCUGAGUUUGGCCGUAGGGUCUGGACCUCAGCUCCACCACCCCAGCGACCUUUCCGUGUCUGUGAUCACAAACGGACCACACGGAAAGGUCUGACAGCUGCCACCCGCCAGGAACUGCUAGACAAGGCACUGGAGACCCUGCUGCUGAGCGGAGUGCUAACCCUGGUGCUAGAGGAGGAUGGGACUGCCGUGGAGAGCGAAGACUUCUUCCAGCUGUUGGAGGAUGACACAUGCCUGAUGGUGCUCGAGUCUGGGCAGAGCUGGAGUCCCAGCAGGAGUGGGAUGCUGUCAUAUGGCCUCGGCCGGGAGAAGCCCAAGCACAGCAAGGACAUCGCCCGCAUCACCUUUGACGUGUACAAGCAAAACCCUCGAGACCUCUUUGGGAGCCUGAACAUCAAAGCCACAUUCUAUGGGCUCUACUCCAUGAGUUGUGACAUUCAAGGACUCGGCCCAAAGAAAGUACUCAGGGAGUUCCUCCGAUGGACCUCCACACUGCUGCAAGGCCUGGGCCAUAUGCUGCUGGGAAUUUCCUCUACCCUUCGCCAUGUAGUGGAAGGGGCUACACAGUGGCAGCAGCAGGGUCACCUUCAUCCCCACUGAGAAGGGGCUCAGAACUUCUGCCCUAGAGAUGGCUGUAGGGACUGUGACGACAUCCGGUUUAGGGACCUGCAGAUAGUGCAGACUAGAUAACUCACCUCGUUUUCCCACUGCCCUCUGACCCCAUCAGCAUGGCGCCUUACACCCUUAGCCUAUACCCACUCCUGAAGAAUGCUGUCCCUCCUUAGCCAUCCUCUCAGCCUCCCACCUACCCUGAAAGGCCCAACCUUGCCCCAGGCAUCUUGAUAGCUCUGGCUGCUGCUGCCUCUAGAGUUCCUACAACUCCUCUCCCUGAGCUCCCCAGCACGCUGAAGACAGCCCUCUUGGACUUUACCUUGAGAUCUCUAUUUCUUCAUACCCUUCCCCCCCAAGAAAAACAAAGACAUUUCCAAUACAAAUAUAAAAAUGUUUACCAAUAA